CCUCCCCCUCCUCCUCCCUCAACCCUUCCCCUCCUACCUCAUGGCGGAUCAACGCCAAGCCAGAGCCGCUAGCCGACCCGGCCCCACACCGCCCAUAGGCGGAGGCGCCACCACCCGAGAGCGCGGCUUCAUCCAAAGGCUCCAAGAGCACGCCCCUAACUCAACCCAGGUCAUUGGCCUCCUGACCCUGGUUAUCUCGGGCGCCAUCCUCCUCCUCCUCACCGGCCUCACCCUCGCCGCCACCACCGUUGGCCUGAUUGUGAUUACCCCUCUUGUGCUGCUCUCGAGCCCGGUUUGGAUUCCGGUUUUGGCCUUCUUGGGGGUGGCGGCAAGCGGUUUUGUGGCCGUAACCGGUUUUGGUCUGGCGGUUUUGGGGGGGCUGACCUGGAUGUACCGUUAUAUUAAGGGAAGGCACCCAGUUGGGUCGGACCGAGUCGAUUACGCGAGGAUGAGACUCACAGACACGGCGAGUCAGAUGAAGGACUAUGCUCGGGACUACCGUGGGUAUUUGCAGGGUAAAGUCAAGGAUGCUGCUCCUGGGGCAUAGAGUGAGAGAGAGAAAAUGGAGUACAAGAUGAGAGAGAGCUUGUGGUGGCAUGGUGGGUGUAGAGAGAGAAAGAGAUGGGAGUUAGAGAGAGAAGAAAAGACGGGUUCGAGAGCUGCGUUUUUUUCGUGAUCCCGUGGCCCUUGUGUUUAGAGGCGGUUUGCUUUUCCCUUUUUUUUUUUUCCUUCUUUUUGUUGGGAUUUUGAGGAGAGAGAUUGUGUACUCGUUUUUGUUUAUUGUAUCCGGUUUUCAAUGAUCUGGUUUGUAGAUGCAAGUAUGGGUGCAUGCUAGAGUUAUGGACGUCAUGGCCAGCAUGAUACGGAGGUAUGUGCGUGGUCACCAUUGCAUCAUGUAGGCCAUCGUUCCUAUUGGUAAUGGCAUGAUAUUUAUUAACAUG